UUGACCUCUUGCAGGGAUAUCGCACAAGUGUUUGAUGAAUGGCGACGUUUGUCAACUAAUUACGUGACAACUUGUGCUUCCGACCUCAUUUGGGAGGGACUGCUCGGUCUAGCUGAUAAUCCGAAGAAACAAGCAUCAUUGGCUGGCAAGUUACUAUCGCAUUGUCUGCAGUAUGAACAUCCGUCGGCUACCGUAGCAAAUCUGAUUACUACACUCGUUCGAACAAAACAUCUGAAUUCUGCUAGAUUAGUUUUUCUGAAGGUCUCUGUUCCGGGAAAGUUCUUCAAGAAAACGCUCCAGAGUUCGGCGUAUCAUGAGCACACUCUACAAAAUGUCGAGGACUUUGCUAGUUUAGUCAGCGAUUGCAUGUUUGCGGAAAAGAAGAGGACGAAGAAGCCUUUGAUACUGCAGUCUUCUGUGCUAACGCCUGAAUUGCUCCUGGUGCUCGACUCCUUCUGUGGAGUUUCGAAACGAAAGCAAUCAAAAUAUGUGGCCAAAAAUGAUAAAAAGAAAAUUCAUCGUGUGAACGAUGUACAGCUUUACGAACUCUCAGAAUUUUUGCAGAAUCUUUGGUUGAAGGAAGCAGAAAAGUCUUCUGACCAUCAUGCAGUGGAUAGAAUGCUUGCUUGGAGCAUGUCUCAUAAACUAGAGAUUACACCCAAGAUGGCGAAGCAGAUUGCCGAUAUCAAAUCGAGGACGAAGCCACCAAAGUCUGGCUGA